CUCCUCCAUAAAUCUGUCCAAGCCCCUUUUAAAGCUAUCCAGGUUAGUGGCCAUCACCCGUUGUCCAAAACUGGAUGAAUUCCUGCAUCGUUACUGUUUCUUGCUAUUCUGCUUAGCUUCCCUGUUUUCUAGUUGCCCGAGCGGAAAACUGCAAGUGGAAAAACGGGGCAGGAAGGCUGCGAACCUCUUCUCUUGCGAGGUAGGCCAAGAACUUGUCGGAUCGGCCAUGGCCAAGCUGCACGGGCUGCAAGCCGACUAUGUUUUCCGGGGCGUGGAGCACGUGGUGCGGAUGACGGUGGAAGGGAACCUUCUGGAGGUCGAAGUGGAAGACCGCCUGACCACGGACCAGUGGCGCGGGGAAUUCGAUGCUGCUUUCAUUGAAGACUUGACACACAAGACUGGGAAUUUCAAGCAGUUUGGGAUCUUCUGCAGUAUGCUGGAGUCAGCCCUGACACAGAGCAGCGAGUCUGUCACCCUGGACCUCCUCACCUAUUCCGAUCUGGAGUCCCUGCGGAGCAGGAAGAUUGGGGUGGGCCCGAGGCUCACAUCUGCCGCCAAAAGUUCCCCGCUGAACUCCAAACGCUACCUGAUAUUGAUCUACUCGGUGGAAUUUGACAGGAUCCACUACCCUCUGCCACUGCCCUACGUGGGGAAACCAGACCCCGUUGUUCUGCAGAAGGUGAUCCGGGAGCUGAAGGAGGAGUUAGCCAUUCUGAAGGCAAAGCCGGGCAAGGAUUUCCGAGACGCCGAGAUCCGCCACCUCCGGGACGAGAUGCAGCACGUCUUGGAGGAGAAGCAGGUGGCCGAGGCGGCCUUGGCGGCCCUGCAGGAGGAGCUGAAGCUGGCCAACAAGAGCAGCGCCUUCAAGGAGCUGAAGAUCCUCAAGAAGGUGGUCCAGAGCCUGGAAGAGGAGCUGACCAAGGAACGGGCCAAGCACCAGCGGGCAACCGGCAAACGCCUGCAGGAGAACCGGCAGCUGGCCGACGAGCUGGCCGAGCUGAAAGCCACAGAGAGGGGCCUUCGGAUCCGCGUGAGGAACCUGACCAACGAGCUGGCCUUAUACAAGAAGGGGCGCUUCACUCCCAUCGCGCCGUCUCCCACAAACCACUUUGCUCCCGCCAAUCUGAGCCGAGCCAGCACCGCGGCCAAGAGGAGAGAGGAUCGCCGUUCCACCUCAGGGGAACGGUCGAACUCACGGGAACGCGGUGGGGCCUGGGCGCCCAGCCGGCAGCGGUCCACCUCCAGGGAGGGGCGCAGUGGGAGCCAGGGCCGGCUGACGCAGCAGUCCCCCUCCCCGACAGGCUCCAGAGGGCCACGCUUUGACCCCACGGCCUUUGUGAAAGCCAAAGAACACAAGCGGAAGGAAGCCGAGCAAAACAACCGGCGAUGCCUCCGCCGAGGGAUGGGAGAUGCUCCACCUAGCGGUUGGCGCCACACUCAGACCAGAGGGCCGUCAGCUUUUGACACCACUCGGAAAUCCCGGGGCAGGAGUUCUUCAGUGGAAAGCUUCCGUAGCCAGCGAUCUUCCGCAAGUUCAGGGAGCGAAAUGGACGAUUACUCCGAACCUGCUGCUCCCAGGGGUCGGAAGCGAGUGGGGAGGAUCCGGAAGCCCCUCAGCAGCUCUUCGUGGAAUGGAUCGUCUGGGGUUCCUCGUGUGGACAGUGGUCGCAGGAAGCCGUUGGUGAGCACCCCCGCUGGAGGCAAGCAAGUGGACAAAGAGAACCUCUACGACGAGCCGUCGGCCGACCUCUCCGAGAUCGACGCUCGGCUGCAGGCCUUGCAGGAGUACAUGAACAAGCUGGAGACGAGAACGUAGUCCCCACCAAGAAGCGGAGGGGAGAGGCGGCAGGAAGACCCCCAAGCACGCCGACGGAGCUCAGCAGCACGCCUGUGGCCGCCCGGAGCAGGCCCCAAAUAGCCAAGGGCUUCCUCCCUCCCCUUUAGCACGCUUGGUUGCGGGUCUGAAAUACAAAGGUUAUUUUGAGCGUGGGAAUCAUGGAUUUGUUGCAGUCUGUAGCGCACACUCACACACCGCAUCUCUUACCAAAGCAGAGUUUGUCUCCCUCCUGUGGUUUCGCUUGAGAUUGACGGGUCCACAGGGCACCAGGUGCGAAAGAGAGCGCAGCCCUUCCGAUUUGACCCGCAUUAGACAACAUUUUGCCUUAAGAGGAGAGCUCGGGAGUGUUUCUGAACCCCUUUCUUGGCCUACUUCUGCCUUCCCCUCUGUUCUGGCCCUGAAGACGCCAGCCGCAGCUUGAGAGCGAAGUGAUGCUGUUACUCCAGGGCAGCCUUUGAGCUCAGAUCUGCUGGAAGGAGGAGGCCUCUCGUUCUUAGUCAUUCCCCCACCUCUUCCAGGCACCUCUCCGGCAUGGACAGACGGAGCGCUGGUUUGCUUUUCACCCUGUAGGCCAGGAAUCCUUGGCUGGCAGCAGUCUCCUUGGAGUUAGGCAAACCCGGUGCUCCCCUAAGGAGAGAACAGAGGUGCUGCAGGGAAUUGCCGAAGCCAUUCGUUUUUCGUUUGGUGUUUCUACUCUGCUGGGGUCGGCACCGAAGUGAGCGGAGCCAUUUUAAGCCCUUCUUUCAAACCCUGGCUGCUUUCAUUCUGGUUUCUCAGCGGGUGUUCAAGGGUGGCACGGCUUUCUCAGUGCACUCCCGGACCUUUUCCUGGUUUAACCGAGCCCAGCCAGCUUCAACCUCCGUGCCGAGUGGCGCUCGAUCCGAAGGGUUUUGGCGGGGCCUCUGCUCUCGCUGGGUUGGCUCAUCAUUUCCUGAACAUUCCAGAAAGCUCUUUCUCGGCGGUUGCUGGGCAGGGCCGUGUGUGGUGAUCCUUGUAAAUAAACUUUUCUUUUUCUUAA